AUGCUCCCAGCGCCCGGCACCGCCUCGACCCCACGGCCCAUGCGACGUUCCUCUAAGCCUCAGCCUCGACCGCGGGGCCUGGGCCACUCGACCGCGGCCACGCCCGACCCAACCAUGACUAUGGCAUCGACCCCCCCCUCACCUCGGUUCACCCACCCAUACUCCUCACUCCUCCCAGGGUGCAGUCACGGCGAGAGGUUUGGCCACCACAUCCCUCUCUGGGCGUCGGCGCUCCGCGAGUCGCUCGGCCCCCACCUCCGACUCUCUGUAUCUGCUCUACACCAGCGGCUGGGCCACAGGGAUGGCCGCCUUCCCAACGCCUAG